AUGGAAGAUAAUUUUGAACAACUUAUUGCUACACUUCAAACAUCUUCAUCAUACAAUGAUGUUCUUUGUGAAAUAAGACAUGCUUUAGAAAAACAAAAUUCUGAAUUAUUAUCAUCAUUUAUAUCACAAUUCUAUCAAUCAAUACUCAUCCUCGAACAUUGGGCUUGGGAAUUAUUCAGUCAAACUUCUCAACAAUGGAUUGAAGAACCAAAAUAUUUAGAAUUAUUUCAUACGCUUGCAUUAUUUAAUAGGAAUUUAAUUUUUAAUCAUGAUGAUAUUGAUGCUAAUACUAAAGGCUCACUACUUAUACCUGAGACCGUUGACUGUAUUAAUGUUAUAUUUGAAAAAAUUGAAAAGACAAAAGAUGAAAAUGAUCCAUUUAUUAGCAUAGUUAGUCUAUGGUAUGACAAUCUGGCCGAGUUUUUUUAUGCUAAUCCCGAAUUUGAAGUGUCCACUAUUAUCAAUCAUAUCAAUCAUUAUAUGGCACGUCACUAUGUAAUGACUGAUCAGUAUAAGUUCUAUUUAAAUCAACUUCAUCAAUCACCAUUAUCACAAUCCAUAUUUACCACUAAACAGUUAUUCUAUAUUAAAACAUGUUCACUCUCUUUAAGUUUAUAUCUAUUUUCAAAAGGUCAAGAUUUUAUUUAUACUCCUGAAGAAUUACUUCAUCAUUUUGGUGCUGAUUACGUACAAAUACUUAUUCUCCAUAUUUAUACUAUAGAAUCAUGGAGCUCACAACUACUGAGUUGUAUUGCUCAUCUUAUGGCCUUUUUCGCUUCUUGUUGUUGGUGGAGAGGAGAAAAAGGACCACUAGGAAAAAUAGUUUUUCGAACUGAAUCAUCAGCCUGCGAAUUUAUCGAUGCACUUAUUCAUAUUAUUGAUCAUAAGACAUUUUAUGAAUCUAUUACAAUACCGCGAUUAAAUGAUCAAACAGUUCUUUUCGAUAUAACUUUAUUUUCUUUAAUAAUUGUAGCACAAAAUGGAGGCUUUCUUUGGUUUCUACGUUCGAAGGCUUCGCUACCAGAUACACUUUUGACUAUUGCUAAAGUAUCAACUUGUGAUAAAAUUCGUUUAUGUACAUAUGCAAUACUUGGUGAGAUUAUAUGUGAAGAAAAAUUGAAAGAAUUAAAAAUUUCUGAUAGUGCAAGUAGUUUUUUCUUUAAUAUGCUUCAACAAGCAUGGCAACAUCCAUCGAAAAAGUUUAAACAAAUACCAAUAUUUUUUUUAUUCAAAUGUAAGUCAUUUGUAAUUGUCUGUGGAAUUUCAUUAGUGAAUACAUUUUUAGGUUUGGUGGGUUUUUCAAAAAUUGAUGCUUUUCAACAGCAAAUAGCUGACACAAAGAAAGUGUUCUUUUUAAUUGAAAUAUGUAAUGAAUAUCCAAUAAUAUAUGAUAUUCUAUGGGCACUUUCAUUCAAUCAUGACAUUCAAGAACAACUUCGUUCCAGCGCUUCAUUUAUAACAAAAAUAGCUCAUCUGCCAAAAGAAUAUGAUAAUCAAAUACGUAAAAGUGCACAUGGAAUAUUAUGGAACUUGGAAAUAAAUCAUGAAAAUCAUAUAACAUCAGCAAUCAGUGAUGAAAGAAAUUUUGAAAUUAUGAUUAGUUAUUCACAUAAAGAUGAAAUCAUUUGUAAACAAAUCUAUAAAGAACUUGGAAAUAUUGGUUAUCGUGUAUGGAUUGAUUUUGAUCAUAUGCAUGGUAAUAUGAUGGAUGCAAUGGCACAAGCAAUUGAACAGUCAAAUACAAUUCUAAUUUGUAUGAGUGAACAAUAUCGAGGAAGUAGUUAUUGUCGAGCAGAAGCAACUUAUGCUUUUCAACGUCGAAUAAGAAUCAUUCCAAUUCUUUUACAACAACAUUAUAAGCCUGAUGGUUGGUUAUUAUUUCUACUUGGUCAAUUACUUUAUAUAAAUUUUACUAAAUAUGAAUUUUCACAAGCUAUGGAAAUGUUAAUCAAAGAACUAAAAAUUUCAGGCAUCAGUGAGAAAGAUUCUAUAAAUGUUUAUCAGAAUGAAGGAGUUAAUGCUAUCAUUCCCACUACACCUAUAUCACCAGAACCGUCGUCAAUGUCAAUGCUCCCAAAAAAUAUUCUCGAUUGGGAUCAAACACAGGUGGAUGAUUGGCUGACUAGUCAUGGUUUGUUGCAAAUGUCUCGUUUAUUUGCUAAUUUUAAUGGUAAAAGUUUAAUGCAUAUGAGUGAAAUCAUAGAAAAUGUUGAACCUCAACAAGUUAUAUCUUUAUUGCAAGAUGAUUCUCUUCGACAAACAAGUCAAAAUUUAUCAUUAGUUGAAUUAUCUCGUUUUCGAUCUCUAUUGGAACAACAACAACAUUUGACAUCUAGCAUCAUUGCCAAACCUGCAAAAGUGAAAACUGGCAAAUUAAAAAGAAAAUCUUCGUUUUGUUGUCAAAUAACUUAA